AAACCCACAUCAGACAGUUAUAAUCUGGGUGCUAAGUAACCAGGGAUAACACUAGACGGGAUACAGGGAGAGGCUGCAUUUAAGGGAGGUUACUCUCAGUAACUCGGAUAGCAAUUCAUUUCAAUACGGUCUCAGUUUGACAAAUAUUGAUUUAUUAGACUCUCGACGGAGCCUGAGCAGGUGGAAUUGUAUGAGAAAUUGUCAUAGCAACGCUGAUUGUUAUAAGAUGGCCGCUGAUAACGUUUGGGAGGAUGUUGAUAUUAAAUUUGAUAUUUCAUCAGCACAGAUGCAACCACGGAGUGGGGAGAAAGUUGUUGACAUUGUUGACAGUGUGGAAGACACAAAAGGGAAUAAUGGAGAAAGAGGACGCCUGAUUGUAACAAACUUGAGAUUUAUCUGGCAUGCCCAGGUUAUUCCGAGAAUCAAUUUGUCUAUUGGACUAAGCUGUAUUAUCAGUAUAGCUACCAAGACAGCCAAUUCAAAACUGAGAGGGACAACUGAUGCCCUCUAUGUUUUGGCCAAAGCCCAGACACGGUUUGAAUUCAUUUUCACAAAUUUGGUGCCGGGGUCUCCAAGACUUUUCACAUCUGUUAUUGCAAUAUACAGAGCAUACGACACGACUCGGCUGUACCGUCAGCUGAAACUAAGAGGAGCCCUGAUAGAAAACAAAGAGCUGAAGUUACUGCCAUUGGAACAACUGUGCAGCAAAGUCAAUGGUGUUUGGAAUCUCUCCAGCAACCAGGGUAACCUUGGUACUUUUUAUAUCACAAAUAUCCGGGUGGUUUGGAAUGCCACAAUGAAUGAAGCGUUUAAUGUCAGUAUUCCAUAUUUACAAAUCGUGAGUAUCAGUAUAAAAGAUAAAAAAAACUGAAUUUGGUUUGUCUUGUUGAUCUUUUUACAGAGUGGCAGCUACAUUCUUGGAUUUCGUAUUGACCCCAAAGAGAAACUGGAAGACGUAUGCAAAGAGAUAUUAAGUCUGUUGCAAGUCUAUCGUGCUGAUCCUGAGUUUGGUGUGCAGUAUGAAGUGAAAGAGAAGACUUCGAAAGAUCCACCACAGGUUCUCCAAGAUGUCGUGGAUGAUGUUGAAAUUGAGGAAGAUGGCACUAGCGAUGCUUUUGCAGCCUACUUUGCUGAUUGCUGCAAGAUCCGGGACCAUGAGCCAGUGUUCUCUGACUAUUUAUCCUUAGCCAUUGAGAAAUUACCAGAAAAUGUCUCCCUUAAAAGUCUGUGGAAUGUUCUGGCCUGACUUUCUUUUAGUUUUUCUAUAAAACCCUUGUAGAUACAAAUACUCAUGUGUUAUUAUCUAUGUUUCUCUCUCACUCUGUGUGUGUUAUUGGUGAUAAUGAAUGGUAGAAAGAGCACUCAAUCCAUGGUGGAGAGUACAGUUAAAUCCGUUCAGCCAAAGUCAUUUGCACCAUUACUUUCUGAUUCUCUGUUUUUUGAUACUUGUUUAUGGUUUAUAAUGAAACUCCUCAAAUAUUAUUUUCAUAUCCUUAUUACUUGUUCUGGCUGAUUCUUAUGACUAUGAUGAAUCUUUAUUAGAAAUCAUUUUUUCUCUCUUUGAAUUGUUCUUUUUGAACUCAUUUUUUUCUCACACACACACACACACACACACACAUAAACACACACAAAAUGAGAGAGAAACAUACAUAAUAUAUAUAUAUAUAUAUUACACUGUAUGCUAUAUAUUAUACUAUGAAUAUCUGGGACUGAAACAGCAAUGAAAAACCUUUCAUUUAACUUCACUCCACCCAGAGACGCCGUAAAUGGUGCCACGUUAUUGAGAUUUGGCAGAAUCAUUAACACAUCAGACAAGAUACAUAGUGGCGUUUCCUCUGGUGUUUUAUGUUCUGAGUUCAAAUGCUGGUGAGGUCAACUUUGCUUUUCAUCCUUUCAAGGUCAAUAAAAUAAAGGACCAGCCAAGUACUGCAGUCAAUAGUAUCAAUCAACCCUUUCCCCUUGCCCUCAAAUUGCUGACCUUGUGCCAAAAUUUGACUAUCAAUGGUGAUGUCACAUCAUUGAUUGUGUAACAUUGAUGGUGUCACAAAACUAAUGCUGUCACAUCAUUAAAAGCAUCAUCAGGUAAAGUUUCAUACCUUUGAAUGUCCCACAACAUUGGCAGAGACUGAACUCUGAUGUCCCCAUUGAUUUUAUGAUUUCUUGGAGAAGAUAACACUGCAGUGGUUUCUCAUUUCCAAAGAAGGAAACAAACUCGCAAUCCAGCCUUAUGAAAUACUUGUCCAUUACACAGUAGUGUCCAACAAGGAGCAGAGCCAAGGGCAACUCACAGAAAGCCGAUGCAGUGAUAGGUUUCUUCUCUCUCUAAUAGAAACCAAAGCUUUACACAUUCACAUUAUGGAUUCCCUUGGGUAAAGCCUCAGUGCUACACUUGCUAUUUCUUUCCCCUUAAUGUUGAAGGUCUUUGUAUGUAAUAGAAAUAUGAAUUAUAUGGUGCUUUGGCUGUUUGCUACAAUUCCUCUAGCAAUAACUGAACCUCCUCAUAGUACCAAUUGACAGUUUGCUAUAUUGAGGCAGUGACAAUAAAAAAUACUUACUAUGAACAGUGUAGAAGUGGACCAUAAGUGGUAUUGUGAACCAUUAGCUCUUUGGUCAGCAGUGCAAACCCAUAUCAAAUAUAAGGCAAUUGUAAAGACCAGUUGUGAUAAAUAACUCAGAUACUCCAAUGGUUACACGUUUCAGAAACAUAAUAUGCACAUCAAAUUAUUAAAUAUAGCUUUGUAAAUAUUACUGUAAUAGCUGGAAAUAAAUUUUAUUUUUAUUCUAAAAUAUUA